CCCCGCGCUUCCGGCGUCCCAGCUGAGCCGUGACCCAGCCUGGGAGACCCAGGCAGCCCGCGGAGACCCCGAGGGAGGCGGAGGUGAAUGAUAAGGACCCAUGAAAGCUGCUCCAGAGCCGCAGAAGAACAGGACGGCCCUGCCAGGUGCGAGGUCGGCGCAGAAACGGAUUUGCUCGCUCCCCGUCUUCGCCUAGCCAAGAGCAAGUCCAGACAUGGGCAGCAGCCAGCCCCUUCCCAUCUCCGAAAGCGGCGCCAGGAAAAAGAAGAAGCGGAAGGCCCGAGCCCCGGAUUCCCUGCCCGAAAGGUUUGAAGAUUUGUACAGACUGACCUCCGAGCUGCUGGGAGAAGGUGCCUACGCCAAAGUUCAAGGUGCUGUGAGUUUGCAGAACGGCAAAGAAUAUGCAGUAAAGAUCAUCGAGAAACAAGCCGGACACAGCCGGAGCAGGGUGUUCCGGGAGGUGGAGACGUUGUAUCAGUGUCAAGGCAACAAGAACAUUUUGGAACUGAUUGAAUUUUUUGAAGAUGAAGCAAGGUUUUACCUGGUCUUCGAGAAGCUGCAAGGAGGCUCGAUUUUGACUCACAUCCAAAAGCGAAAGCAUUUCAACGAGCGGGAAGCCAGCCGGGUGGUCCGCGAUGUCUCCUCUGCCCUGGACUUCUUGCACACGAAGGGCAUCGCUCACCGAGAUCUGAAGCCGGAGAACAUACUGUGUGAAUCCCCCUCAGAGGUGUCCCCAGUGAAGAUCUGUGACUUCGACCUGGGCAGCGGCGUGAAGCUGAACAACUCUUGUACCCCCAUCACCACGCCGGAGCUGACCACGCCGUGCGGCUCGGCUGAAUACAUGGCACCUGAGGUGGUCGAGGUGUUCACUGAAGAAGCCACUUUUUACGACAAGCGCUGUGACCUCUGGAGCCUCGGGGUGGUUCUGUACAUCAUGCUCAGUGGCUACCCUCCCUUUGUGGGUCACUGUGGCACCGACUGCGGCUGGGACCGGGGAGAGGUCUGCCGAGUCUGCCAGGUGAGGCGCAGCCUGAGUCCUGGGGUCCCUGCUGUGGCAUUUUCCAGGGCGGGGGCCCAUGUUCCCCAGCAGGCGCUUCCUGAGCUGCCCCUGGGUCCCUCCUGCAGAUGGCAGCCCAGACCAGGGCCUCCGUCACCCACCGGCCUGCCUGCUCACGAGUUUCCCCGUGCUUGCCAUCCAAGGUAGGCUGGGCAAGGACAGGCCACUGAGGCGUCCAAGGAGGCCUGUACAGAGUGGUAUGAAAUAGGAAUUUUUUUAAAAAGCACAGUGAGCACUCAGCCAACACUGAUUAAGCUCCUGCUGUGUGCCAGGCUCUCUGCUGGCCUUCCAGGGGUCUAACUAAGUUCGUCAGAUCAGAUGGCGUUCCUAGACUCGUGUUGGUGUGUGAGAUUUUCUCUGCUGCCCUGGGAACUGGGUGCUCUGGUAAUCCCCAUUUCA